UUUUUUUGUUUGCUUAUUUCUUCACAAGAAAAUAAAAUGCCAGACUUGGGCAAUCUUUCACUCUCUGAAUCUCUUACACUCACUCGAUGCCCUAAUCUCAAACCAGUUCUCGAUUCUACUGAUAUUACAUCUUCCUUCCUCAGUGAAAAAUCAGUCAAAUCUCUGCCUAUUGACACUAUUUCGACCCAGGGCUUUCAAUGCCCACUUCCCAACGACGAUGAGGUUGGUGGAGGCUGUGGGAUUAGGGUUUCGAGCCAGAACAGAGACGUCUUGGACCGAUCUAAAAGGAAUUACGGCGGGAAGACUUUGGAAGACCAUGUGAAAUCUUGGGUUCGGAGAAAGCAAGAGUCCGGCGUUCCCGAGUCUCGUCGUUCAUUUCCAUUUCUCCAAGGCGCUCGGAAAAUGGUAGAAAAACAAUGUUUGUGUUGCCGUAGAUAUAUAUUUCCCGGAGAGGAGGUCGAAUGCAGUAUUCGUGGCUGUGGAGGAGUUUACCAUGCCCUGUGCGCAAAGGACAGCUUGGGGUUCUCAGGUCACAGAAAGUUCAAGUGCCCUCAACAUGAGUGCUUUAUAUGCAAACAAAGAUUACACUGGAAGUGCAUACGCUGCACUAUAGCAUCACAUGAUAAAUGUGCACCAUGGCCGGAUAAAGUGAUGCAUUUAAAAAAUCAACCUGGAAGAGCCAUCUGCUGGAGGCAUCCGACGGACUGGCGAGUGGACCUAGAGCAUGCAGUGUCAACAAGUGACAUAGAGGAGGUAUUUUUUCGUUUGCCUCUUCCAUAUGUUGACGAGGAAUUCAAGAUUGACAUAACAUGGAAAGAUGCGGAGAAAAAGAUGGAGCCACCGCCAUACACUCACAUAAGGCGUAAUAUUUAUCUAGUAAAGAAGAAGCGGGAUACUGGUGUUGCUGAUGGCAUUGGAUGCACAAAUUGUAAAACUGAAUGCUCUGAUGACUGUGUGUGCAGGGUUCAAUGCAUAAGCUGCUCAAAAGCUUGCCAUUGUAGAGAUACUUGUACGAAUAGACCAUUCCGUAAGGAGAAGAAGAUCAAAAUUGUCAAGACUGAACUGUGUGGCUGGGGUGUCGAGGCAGCAGAGUCUAUCAGUAAAGGUGAAUUUGUCAUCGAGUAUAUUGGGGAAGUUAUUGAUGAUGCUCUAUGUGAACAAAGGCUUUGGGACAUGAAAUAUAAGGGCAUGAAGAAUUUCUAUAUGUGUGAAAUUCGGAAAGACUUCACAAUUGAUGCAACUUUCAAGGGAAAUGCAUCUCGCUUUCUAAACCACAGCUGUGAUCCCAAUUGUAGUCUUGAGAAGUGGCAAGUUGAGGGGGAAACACGUGUUGGUGUGUUUGCUGCUCGAUCAAUUGAAGUUGGAGAGCCUUUAACAUAUGACUACAGAUUUGUACAAUUUGGACCUGAGGUGAAAUGCCAUUGUGGUGCUGCAAACUGUCAACGGUAUCUUGGAACCAAAAAAAGGAUAAGUGCCAUAGACCUCUUCUGGGGUACAAAACGCAGAAGAACGUCAGCAGCUCGCAUAACUGGUAUAACUGUAUGAUUCACAUAUUAACACGUAGUUGGGUCAAUAUCACUGUACAUUGUUACUUUUGAUAUAAAUUGGGCAAAAACGAAGAAGAAUAGAAGCAAAAAUAAGUACUAGUGCCAUUUGUUUGCAAUGCUAUUAAAUUCUUUGAAUUUCAGCAAACCAUUGUGAAUUUCUCCAGAAUUUUCUUGUUGGAGAACGCUGAGAUUGAGAAAUACGUGUAAUUGAUUUUACCCGAUUUGUCUAAAGAGAUCAAGGGAUUCUUUUGUAGUAUUGAACGUUUUAAUUGUUUUUAUUCAUUGGAGAUGAUUUGAUGAGUGAAAUUCAAGAUCCAUU